CAGUAAUCAUUACUGGGUGAGAGAUCACAGAGUUCACCACAAAUACACAGACACGCCAGCAGAUCCUCAUGAUAACACUCGUGGUUUUUGAUUCAGUCACGUGGGCUGGUUGGUGAUGAAAAGACGACCAGAAGUAUUUUAACGCGGAAAACAAAUUGACAUGAGUGACAUUUUGAACGAUCCAGUGGUUCAGUUUUUCGAUAGACACAGUGUCAUUUUUACGAUACUAUUUACCGCCGUACUUCCGAUUGUUAUUCCCGUUUACAUAUUUGGCCACAGCUGGAAAUGGACAAUAAUAGCUCAAAUAUUUGUGCAUUACCCCUGGAGUUUGAAUGUUACCUGGUCGGUUAAUAGUUUCGCUCAUAUGUUUGGAUAUCACAGCUACGACAAAAACAUAAGGCCAGCAGAUAACAUAUUCGUAAGUUUUGUUGCUGCAGGUGAAGGCUGGCAUAAUUAUCACCACGCCUUUCCUUGGGAUUACAAAACAGCUGAACUUAAAAGUUUCUUCUUUAAUAAUACAACCGACUGGAUUGAUAUGUUUGCGAAAAUUGGUUGGGCUUAUGACUUAAGACAAGCAAGUUCUGAACAAAUAAAACUCACUGCUAAAAGAAGAGGUGAUGGAACGCAUCCAAAUUAUGUCGGGAAAUCAAUCAACUAAGAAGAUCUUCUAAAUUUUUUCGAAACGCUGUUUACUGAUGAAAUUUUAUCAAUAAAAUCCGUCGAUAUAAAUAGAUGAUAGAUGUUCUUGUUAAUUAAUUUGUAAAUUUCCAUUGUUAAGAACAUACACAAUUAGAAUUGUACUCCUGAUAGAAGUAUACUACUUUUUCCGAUUGAUAACUAUCUAAAUUAUGAAUAAAUAAGUGAAAAAUUAAGUGAUAACUAUGAAAAUUAUGAAUAAGUAAGUGAAAUUUUACAGGACAAAAAUCAUAAAAUUGCUAUGAUUUUAAAAAUGUCUCGGAAAUGGGCGUGAAUGGUAAUUCCGAUCGCUCAGUCGUAGGAAAAAUAUAUUAAAAAGAAAUUACAGGGUAACAACUUCUCAGAUGAGUUAAAUAAAACCCCCUCCACUAGAAAAAUUAUAUUAGCAAGUAUGGAAAGCGAUAGAUUCUCUGUCAAAAUAGCUGUUGCCGCCGACAAUGGAGACGUGCUAAUUUGUUACCCUAAGUAACUUUAGCUUAUCGAUGUUUUAAUUAGCAAAUUGUCUAACUUAAUAUUUUUUAGUAGAGGUGAUUCUGUGCACUUUCUAGAUAGUAAAAGUCCGAAAAAAUUAUUCGAGUAACCCAGACAAAAAUAUUAUACAUAUACUAGAUAUGGAAUUAAUUUUUAAAUAAAAAAAAAUUUUCAAUUACUUAUUUUUUCACAUAAAAGGAGGAUUUUCUGAAAUGGAGUUAGACAAUUUGCUAAUUAGAACGUCGUUAUGAGUACAAAAAUUUUGUCAGUGCUAUAAAUUUACUCUGUUAUUUUAACAAAUCACUUUUUUUACUGUAACACAACAGUUUUUCCGCAGUUACAAACCAUUGCUAGGUGCAACAAACAAUUCGCUCGAGUUACAAUAACAUCGUAAUCAUAAGGAAUGUUUUGUUAUCCGUAUAUUAAGGCAAAAAAUUGUUACCGUAAGUUAUCUUAUGUUCUGGUUACAAAAAAUUUUUUCCAUGAAGAGUCAACUUUAUGUACUUAUUAGCGACAUCAUUUUGAAAACUGUAAAUUUCUCAAGAGUUGGAUAAUCGUUAUUAUUAAUUGUUUAUUGAAUAAAUUUUUUUUAUUUACUCUUAUUUUUAACUUUUGUCUUUACUUCUGUAUUUACUUGCACUAAU